UAAUAUUGUGUCAAGUAAUAUUGCGAAUUAGAUUUACAAUAAAAAUAAUAAUCGUUGAAGUGAUCAACAACAUAAAAGAUAUUUCAAGGUUAUAUCAAGAACGGAAUAUAAGAACAACAGAAAGAGCUUGAAUAUUUAUCGAAAAUUAAACAUGUCGCAGGAAAUGAAUAUAUUAUGCUGUUAUUCCUGUCAAAUGUUUCAAGUUCAUAUUGUUAAAAAAGCGAAGAAAUGGCAGUGCAAAGUUUGUAAUGAAAAGCAAUCUAUCCGGCGAGUUUAUUUUCAAGGAUCAGGAAAGGAUUGUCGUUUGCAUGUACAGGAAUUAAAUUCUCAAAAGUUAAAAGGUUUUGAAUCGUCGCAAACAACUCAUUUCAAUAUUGAUAACAGCAAUUACGUAUCCUAUGAGAAACAAGAAUCAUCUGAUCGACAAGUUUCUAAUAACGGGUCUAAUCAUUCCGAAAUAUUAUUGGAUGAUUGUAUGCAUGUAUCCGAUAAAGAAUGUGAUUAUAAAGAACGGACUAUAGACAAUGAUUAUGAAAAUUGUAGAGAUCAUUUCAGUGAUGAUCUUAUCUAUGAAAGUGAAGUGGAUGAUUAUGCAAGUAGCAUAAAAGAAGAUUUUAAACUUAUAAGUUCGGAAUCUACUUCUGAUGUUAAUAGUAAGACCGAAAUUAAACCUAUAACAAAUAAUACAAAAGAAAGUCAAAAUAUAUUUGAAACUUAUGAAGAUUUCGAUGAUGCGCUUGAUUUUUAAUUUUUA